AUGAUGGCCGACAAUGCAUCCAUAGUCUCCUCCAACCCCGCCCGCACCGUGUUCCCCAAGGGCCCUAGCUUCUCGCUCGAGGACUUUUCCGGUCGUGACUUUAUCGUCAAGGAGUUUAUCGAAGCUCUAUCCGAUACUGCCAUCUCCACACGUCGCUCGACCGCAGGAACCGUCACAACAAACCAACCAUUCGAUCCGAAACCCCUCAUCCGCACAUUUGAAGGUGCCCAACGACGCCUGGGCGAACUCUCGGGGGAUUUGGAGAUUCGCGAAAAUGAGCUCUCCGCAGCGGUCCGUCGGGCAGAGGCCCAGCACUCGCAGAAUCUCACCUCCCUCGGUCGGAAGCUCCGACAGGCCAUUGAUUCAUUCCAGCAACUCGACACCUCGUUGAACGGGCCCGGACUCGAGAGCACGGGAGGCACCGGAAAUAUGGCGGUGGAAACUGGACGGAGAUUAGAGGAGCUGGAUCGACAAAGACGGCGAGCUCUUGAUGCUCACUUCCUGCUCGAAUGCUGGGAGGGGGUCUGUAAUCGUGGAGAGAUCUCACUUCUGGAGAACCUACGACGAUCAGGUACAGCGGAGGCAAAGGUACGGUCUGCACAUAUUGCGCGACAACUGUUGCGGAUCAGUCAACGGCUUGACCCUCAAAGCUGGCAGCAGAACCAGAGCUCAUCGGCCAAUGGACGCCACGGCAGCCAUUCUUCCUCAGCCGAGGACCUACACAGUGGGAACAGUACGCCGCGUCGGAAUACGAGGGAAAUUAUUGAGAAGUUUUCGGAAACCCUAGAGAAGGAUCUGCUGAAACAAUUUGAUGACUUCUAUCGCAAGGCCAACUUUGAUGGUAUGAAGGACUGCGCAACCGUGUUACAGGACUUCAAUGCCGGCUCCAGUGUGAUUGCGCUAUUUGUCAAUCAGCAUCAGUUCUUCAUUGAUCGGAGUCAGUUGGUGACUGAGGAGGUCGGUGGGGACGCAGAAUCAUGGGAGAGGAUGGCCGAUCCUGAUGCUGAGCUGCCCGGGGUAGAGCCCAGUCUGCAGUCAUUGCUCGAUGAAGUCAAAGUGGUGGUACAGGAAGAGUCUGCGAUUAUUAAACGCGCGUUCCCGUAUUACGAACAAGUGCUUGGGAAGUUUCUUCAACGUGUGUUCCAGCAAUCUAUUCAACAACGAUUGGAGAUGGUUCUCGAGAAGGCCAGUGGGGUCUCUUCUCUGGCGUUUCUACGAUGCUUGCAGAGCUCUCGGGGCUACAUCAGUGCUUUGAUCGAUGACUUGAAGGUCCAUGGAUUGACCGAGCACCCUGACCCAAUUUCUUCCCAAACCGCGCUUCUACUGGAUCAACAGUUGGAAGAACUGUUUGUACCUUACUUUGUGGGAUCCUCCUACAUUGAGCGUGAGAAACGCACCUUGGAAGAUCUGUUUAGUGCGCUACUUUUCAAAUUCACCAGCUAUCAGGCUCGCCGGAAGAAGGCUGCCACUACCUUCAUGGCUUCUCUGUCUCGCCCAGGUACCGAAUUGCUAUCCACAAAUCGUGAUGCGUUUAUCGCUCGGCUGGACUCACCCGAUGUCUCCCCCUUUCAACGGAGAACGCUACUUCAGGUUGCCAGGCUCGGUGAUAUUCCGGACACGGUGCGGCUGACGGAGAUCAAACUCACUGAAGAGGAUGGUUUGCCGAAUCUGAGUGAUGCAAAGCGCAUGCUAAAGUGGCUGGCGGAAGCGGUGGGUCGAGGUCUAGAGCUAAGCGUUAAUGCCGACACACACAAGGAUGUGUCGGCUCUAUUGAACCUAUUGCUACUGACCAUGGGUGAGGGAUAUGUGGAUGUUAGCCUUGACGCUGCCCUGGAGGCAGCCACGGCCCAAGAAUCCGGCAAGAAUGAGCCGGACUUUGGAUACCUAACAUCCGUACGCACGACGAUUAGCAUCACCACGUUAAUGGUGAUGUGUGUGAAUGCGGUCCUCUUGCCCUUGGCGGCAGGAAGUAUCACUACUCGUCGGGAUAUGGAGAAACGGACGAGUCAGGCGACUGUCCGAUUUGAGGAUAAGAUUAAUACGAUCGAACAAAAGACCAUUGACGGGACUCUGGCGUGGGUCAGCCGUUUGCUUUCCGGGCAACGAAAGAAUGAUUUCCGACCUCGGGAAGGAGACAAUGCCACAUGGCUCGAGAUGCUGCAGACAUCGACGUGUGCAUCGAUCUGUACGUUUCUGACGCGGCUGCAUAACAUUGCUCGUACCUCGUUGCCCUCCAGCGGGGCCAACGUGCGACAGGUGUUGACGGAGAUUGCGCUGGGGACACGCGGGCUCUUGCUGGAGCAUUUUAAGCGGUUCGCCGUGAGCGGACCUGGUGGAUUGAUGGUGACCAAGGACAUGACACAAUAUGCGGACCUGUUGAAAUCGUGGGAUUUGGACGAGGAAACCAAGGCCCCCGGUGGCGCGCUGGACGUGCUCUUGGAAGUUGGAAACUUGUUUGUCAUUGGUGUGGAGGCGCUUCGAGAGCGUAUCCGCGGCGGCGCCGCCACUGGUACUGGACCUGGACCAAGUCGAGGCUCGGGUCCCGAGGUCAAACUUAGCGUGAUGGAAGUACGAGCUUAUGUGUCUCGUCGUGAGGAUUCCAAUACUUUUGCCUUGCAGCAAGUCCUCAAUUCUCUAUGA